AUGGACCCGCCUUCCUCGCCGUCACUGACUUCACUCUCUGAAUGCGAGAGCAUCGCGAUCCCGUCGACUUUUCAAUCCCAGGCCAGAUCGGAAUCCAAAUCCAACCUCGAAUCCCAAGCUCAGCCCGCUCAAUCCGGAGCGCCCGCGUCAGCCAUCGACCACCCGAGCACCAACAGCUGCAGCAGCAGUAUCACGAUGGACGAGAAGAAGCCUGUCGUGCCUGAAGACGCCGGCGCUGCUGGCAGGAAAAGUGGCAAAGAAAGCCGGCGGAACAGCAGGGCACCAGCCACAAAUACAGACACCAGCCACACGCUUAGUCAGCUGGACGGUGCCACAGGGCCGAAGCAGAAGCGUGUCCGGAAGAGGAAAGACGACGAUGAGAAGACGAAGCCGAAGCGGGAGAGGAACUCGACCGGCGAGAGGGCCGCAGCGGCAGGCAGGGACGGCGAGCCGAAGCCCAGGAGACAGCGGAACAGCAAUGUCAAGCCGUCAGACAGCCCGGAUGCAAACACAGCACCAACAGCGGCGACGGCUGCAUCGCGGAAGAAGGCAAAGCUGGAGCACAAAGCAGAUGAAACGACCACACCCUCCGCAACGCCGCGACAGGCAAAGAUAACAGACAUGGUCCCUUUGACUUCGACUCCGGCAGGCCAUCCACAGCAGCAGCAGCUUGGCCAGCAUACUCCGCAGACCGCCUCCGCACACCCUUCACCAGCACCGGCCUUCUCGUUGCAGCAAAACAUCACCCAACACUCUCCGCAGCCAUCGCCCCAUCAUCCGGCUUCCUAUCCACCGCGGAGUAGCCCCUACGAAGCCGUCGGGUCUGCGGGCUCCUCGUACGCCUACCAGCCAUCCAGCAACAGCAACAGCAACAGCAACACUCACCAUGCACCACCACCUCCCCCGCCUCAGGCCCGUCCCGCGUCUCUCCCACGCUCUAGUGGGCAGAACUAUGACCCUAUUCGCUCAGCUAUCGAGAGCAGCUCGUCGGUCUCUACUCCUGCCGUUCCUGCUGUGAAACCCGCGCCGGCUGCUCAGGCCAACGCAUCCUAUAGCCCACCACCGAACACCGUAACACCUCCACCUCGACCGGCCGCCACUCCUUUUCGGGCCAGCGCCUCUCCCGCUAUAUCUAGCAUCAUUGAUCCGCCCGUGGCCAACUCUGCGCCUACCAUCACUGUGCCGCCUCCUGGCAAAUCGAAUCUGGUCAUAAACUUUGCCCGGAUGGCAGAAGAGCAGUACGGCUUUGACGCUUUACACCCACGUAUUGCGGCGCAGAAAGAACGCCGUGCACGUGUAGCAGCCGCCAGUGCCGUCCUUGAGAAAUCCGAACGUGCUGGUCGAGGAGAAAGCGGUGCGGAAGACGACCUCUCUCUAGAGGAUCGCGAUAGCGAUGCGGACGGUGACAUCAACAUGUCUGGCAUCGGUCCAAACGCAUCGACGGUGAAUGGCACGGACGAAGCCACCGCUGGCGCUACUCCGAACGCCAACGCUGACGGCAAAAAGGCCCGGCGACGCAAGAUCGAAGAAUACGAUCGUGAUGACCCCUUUGUUGAUGACAGCGAGUUAAUCUGGGAAGAACAGGCGGCGGCAUGCAAAGACGGGUUUUUCGUUUAUUCGGGGCUACUAGUUCAGGAGGGCGAUAAGGUCUCCGUUGAAAAAGCUGAUGGAACUACGAAGCGUGGCCGUGGCCGCCGCGGUGGAGGAAGCAGCGCCACCCAUGGUAACUCAGGCACAUCCUCUCGCGGCCGUAGCGGACAGACAGGCAGCAAUACCACUACGAGUCACCCAAACGGCGAGGGUGCUUCUGCCAGUAAAUCAGGAGCUGGGCGCGGCGGUGCCAGAAAACCACGUAUCACCAAGGCCGAUCGACUACAGAUGGAGAAAGAGAAGCUGGAGAGAGAAAAGAUGGCUAUCGGUCUUUCUGGGAAAACCGCUGCGAAGUAA